GUGCGACUGCCGAUUUCAAGAGCGAGCAACUCUCCACAUCUACUCAUUACUGAAAAUGAAGGUUUUCUUUUGCAUCGUUACACUGAUUGUGUCCACUGCUCAAGGCAGUGGGUUCAACAGAGUCUUACAGUUUCCACGAGAAGUUUCUCUUGAAAACUAUGUGAUGCUCCAGCCAGAUUUCAAUGAUAUUCAGGAGGAACUGACUAUUUGCGGAUGGGUCCAAUUCUAUCGGACUGAAGGGGGACGUUAUUGGUUCAGCUACGCAACAGGUGGUGGUGACAACCAAAUACUAUUCGGGAAUCAAGUAAACCAGCAGCAUUUUCUUGGAAACCCGAUGCCUACAGACUACUAUACUAAACCUCUCACCACCUUCACAUGGUAUCACACAUGUUUCUCAUGGAACGCAGGAAGCCAGUACGAGGAACUUUACUUAAACGGGGACAAAGUUUCAGAGAGGAUAUCGGCAGCAAACAGCAAGCUUCCGACUGGCGGUACAUUAGUUCUCGGCCAAGAACAAGAUACUCCUGGGGGUGGUUUUGCUCUCAACCAAGCGUUUGGUGGGGAAAUCUACGGACUGCAAGUCUUUAAAAGGAAACUUUCAGGAGCUGAGGUAGAAGAUAUGUACAAAGCUGGGAUUUGCAACUACCCGACCCCUUCAGAAGGUGUGGUGAUCGACUGGGAGGAUUUCCUGGACGCCCAACGUUACGGCAAGGUUGAGGAGAUUUCCGCAGGAUGCAGCAAAUGGGAAAUUCUGAGGAAUUUUGUGGGACAAGAAAUAACUCCAGAGCUCAUAUCUUAUUUUGAAGCUCUCCUCUAGACACUACUAGUACUGAAGCCAUUUUUAUCGUUAUUUUUUUUUCUCCAAAAAUUGCCUUUGGUAUCAUCGGCUUUAUUUUUGUAUGAUAAAUUAUAAUUUAUUGAUUUUCGACAUUAUAAUUAUGGUAAAAAUGGAAAUAUUUCCACAU